AUGUCUGCUCUCGCAACUGAAAGUAAUUUCUCAUAUGGUAGCGAUUUAAGUGCCUCUGUGAAAGUUCGCGAUACUGUCAAUAGAUUAAUAAAUAGGAAAAAUGAUAAGAGGGUAAAGAACGAAUUAACUGAUAAAACAAAUUCAGUUAAUAUAAGUGAUAAUAUUAUCACAACGAAUACCAAUAUUUUUAUGCCCUCAAAUAACAAUAAUUUAAAUAAUAUUGAUAAUAGUAUCACGAACAUAGAAUAUUCAAAUUUAUUACUAACAUUACUGGAAAAGAGAGCUAUUAAAGAAAAUAACGAAAAUAAUCAAAAAGUUAUCCAAAAAUUGGAAAAUAUUGAGAAUUUAGUUAAAGGGUUACAGAAAUCCGAAGUAGACAUUUCUAAAAUAAAAUAUAGUGAAUGGGAAAAAAUACGAAUGUCUACUGGUCUCAAGUUUGAGGCAAUUGACCUUAAACUAAAGCAGGAGACAAAAAAUAAUGCAUUCCAAUGGGAUGACAGAACAGAAAGAGAGAAAAAGGAUAGUAUAAGAGAUGAUACCCUGCCAAUAAAACUCGUUGGUACUACAGAUGCAGCUGUAGUGGAUAGGCUUUCUAUUUCUUCUAGGAUCCCUCAACAUCACAUUCGGAUCCUUUUUGAGUUAAAGAAAUCCAUCAGUGAUGGAAAUUUAUACCAAGCUUUGGCAGAACUAACUGCCGGAGAUUUAAAAUCUAUACAUGCUGUUUUGGCAGUACUUACAGAUUUACGAGAUGAUUGGCAAUUUUUUUACUUUGAUGAUGAAAUAAUAGGAACAUUUACUCUUCCAAGAAGUAAGGCAGUGGCAUUAAUACAGAUAAAUAUGAAAUCUGCGGAUCAAGAGUUAAAUGAUGAGAUAGAGGUAAUGGAGCCAUUGCCAAAAAGGCAAAAGCUUAAACACGUAAUGAAUAUCAGGUAUAUGAAAAGUGAAGUAUUUAGUGCAAUUUCAUCAUCACAAAAUCUUGAGACUUCUUAA